UGUGCGGACAGUCCUGUAUUUAGUGAUGGUCAAAUAUAGUAACGGAUAGUGAAAGAUAACAGAACAGUCAUCAAGGUGUAGUAUCUGACUCCCAGUUGAAAAGCCAAAAGAAUGAACACCAAGGUAUUUGCAACCUGGGUGGUUCUUGUUACAAGUACACUCUUCUCACUCUCCACUCAAAGUUGUAUAACUCAGUGGUUUGACAAUGAUGACCCAACUGGACAAGGAGACUAUGAGCUUUUGUCUGACCUUCUCAUUACAUACUCUGGAGAAAUAUGUCCAAAUCCAGUUGGAAUUGAAGUUCGGACAGUCUCCGGCAUACUAGCAUCUCAAACAGGAAACAUCUUUCAAGUAAACAAUCCAUCAUCUGGGUUUGCUUGUGUAAAUGCCAACCAAGCAGGAGGAGUUUGUGCUGAUUAUAAAGUGCGCUUCACCUGUCCAGAAACAUGGUGUUCAAGUUGUAGAACACCCUGGUUUGAUCGAGAUAACCCCAGUGGACUGGGAGACUAUGAGACUCUGCCAUUAACCUUGUCGACAUACCCCCUUCAGGUCUGCGCUCAGCCCAUCGCCAUUGAGGUCGAAACUAUUAGUGGCACCCCCAUAUUGCCAACUGGAAACAAUUUUCAAGAAUAUGAUCCAAAACUGGGAUUUUCCUGUGUGAAUGCACAACAGAAUGGAGGGUGUCAGGACUACAAGGUCCGUUUUACAUGCCCAGUGAUUUUUUGCCAACCACAGUGUGUUACCAGGUGGUUUGAUUCUGAUAACCCUAACACUAAUGGGAGUGAUUCUGAGCUCUUGAGUGUCCUUCAAAGUACAAAUGCUGGGUACAUUUGUCCAAAUCCCCUUGGAAUAGAGGCUCAGACCAUCUCUGGCCAACCAGCAUCUCAAACAGGAAACGUCUUUCAAUCAUAUAAUCCAACAAUUGGAUUUUCCUGUGUAAACGCAAACCAGGCAUCAGGGAUGUGUGCUGAUUAUAAAGUGCGCUUCACCUGUCCAGAGCAAUGGUGUUCAAGUUGUAGGACACCCUGGUUUGAUCGAGAUGAUGCCAGUGGACUGGGAGACUAUGAGACGCUGCCAUUAAUCCAGAUAGCAUAUCCGCUACAGGUCUGCGCUCAGCCCAUCGCCAUUGAGGUCACAACCCUUAGCGGGACCCCUGCACUGCCUACCAGUUUUCCAGAUUAUGACCCGUUGCUGGGGUUCAAGUGUGUGAAUGGGGCCUGUCAGGACUACAGGGUCCGUUUCACAUGUCCAAAGACUUUUUGCAGUGGACAGUGUGUAACCAGGUGGUUUGAUUCUGACGACCCUACCACAAAGGGAGGAGAUUCUGAGCUCCUGACUAACCUUCUCAGUGCAUACUCUGGAUACAUUUGUCCAAAUCCACUCAGAAUAGAGGCUCAGACAGUGUCAGGCCAGUCAGCAUCUCAAACGGGAAACGUUUUUCAAGUAUAUGACCCUACAAAUGGGUUUUCCUGUUUAAAUGCAAACCAAGGAGGAGCCAUAUGUGCUGAUUAUAAGGUGCGCUUCACCUGUCCUGAAGAAUGGUGUUCAAAAUGUAUGACACCGUGGUUUGAUCGAGAUAAUCCUGGUGGAAUGGGAGACUAUGAGCCGCUGUCAUUAACCCCAACAGCAUUCCCACAACAGGUCUGCGCUCAGCCCAUUGCCAUUGAGGUUUCAACUAUUACCGGGACUCCUGUACUGCCAACUGGAAACCAUUUUCAAACAUUUGAUCCACUUCUGGGCUUUGAGUGUGUGAAUGAUUUUCAAAAUGGAUGGACCUGUCAAGACUACAAGGUUCGCUACAAAUGUUUUUGCAAGAUUGUAGGUCCCACAAUCGAAAGUCCCCCAUUUGAGUUUACAAACCUAACUGAUUUCCUAAAUGUAGGAUAAACUGCACUUUCAAUUUAAGUUCAGAUUAAAUGGGGAAAAAACAUUAACAAUAAAUGUUUUCUUGCAUUAUCCUUCAAAGUCUCUGCU